AUGGCGAUCCUCGACAACGGCAUCCUAAGCAUCUCGUCUCAGUCAUCCGGAGGCCGGGGAAAGAUGCAGCAGCAAUCUUCAAAAGAGGCCGGCAAGGGCGACGGGAAGCCCGGCGAACCGGGGGGGAGCGAGCAAGGCGAGCAGCACCAAGGUACGGAGGAAGCGGCACCACAACAGGAUGGCGGCCUCUGGGCACGCAUCCAGGACGGCUGCUCCUUCGUGGAUGAGAACUUCAGGUUCAGCCCCUGGCUAUUCGCCUCCAACCCCCACGGGACGCAGAUGGCGAACCUCAUCUGCGCCAUCGACCCGUUCUGCCAGAUCUACGUUGCCCGAGUCGCCGAGGACUCGUCCAAGAUCACGCCAAAGAGGGUCGCAAAGGCCAUCAAGUGGGCCCGGAGCCUAGACGUCGACGUCAUAUCGAUGAGCUUCGCCAUGGGCCAUAGCGACAGCGACCUCGAGGACGAGCUGCGCGAGGCGACCAAGCAGGGCAUCGUCAUGACGUGCAGCGCCCACGACGAGGGGUCCCGCAUCUCCAAGGCGUAUCCGGCGGACCUCCGGAGCGAUCUGCUCUCGCUCCUCGUGCUGGCCGCCUGCGACGAGUACGGCAAGCUCCUCCGCGACCUGUCCCCGAACAAGUACGACUACAUGAUACGCGGCCAGAACAUCGCCGCGGGCGUGAUCGACUUUCUCAAAUCCGAGGACGUCAUAACCGGCAGCUCCGUGUCCACGGCGCUCGCCGCGGGGCUGUGCUCGCUGAUCCUCACGUGCGACCGGCUCGCGCACCCGGGCAAGAGGUACCCGGGCGGCAAGGAGGCUGGCAGCCGCUGGGCGCUCGUGAGGCGCCACCUAGAAAAGAUGGCGGCGGAUGAUUCGAAGCAGUUCCUGCUGCUGGAGAAGUUCGAAAACAUCGCCACCCCGCACAUCAACCAGCCCACAGCCGAGGAGAUCGAGCUGGCCGCCAGCGGCAUCGGGGAGCGCAGUGCGAAGGCCGUCCUGAUGGAAGAGUUUGGAAUGCUUGCAUAG